AUGGGUGUCGAGGAGAAGCCCAUCCCCGAGCCUUGGGGCCUCCCCUUCCUGGGCCACAUCGCAGAGUUCAGCCCGGAGAACCCUCUCCAGGACAUCUUUCGUUUGGCGGACACAUUCGGUGAAAUCUACAGGUUACGCAUCCCCGGUGGGAAGACCAUGGUCUUCGUCUCCACCAAUGCCCUCGUCAACGAGGUGUGCGACGAGACACGCUUCCAAAAGACUCUCAACAACGCCCUCGGUGAAGUGAGAAACGUCGCAAGGGACGGGCUCUUCACCGCCAAACCCGACGAAGAGCCCAACUGGGGCAUCGCCCACCGCAUCCUCAUCCCCGCCUUCGGCCCCGUCACCAUCCGCGGCAUGUUUGACGAGAUGCACGACAUCGCCACCCAGAUGGCCAUGAAGUGGGCCCGCCACGGCGCCAACACCCGCAUCAUGGUCACCGAGGACUUCACCCGCCUCACCCUCGACACCAUCGCCCUCUGCUCCAUGGGCUUCCGCUUCAACUCGUACUACCGCGAGGAGCUGCACCCCUUCAUCACCGCCAUGGGCGACGCCCUCGUCGAGUGCGGCAACAGGGACCGGAGGCCCGCCUUCGCAAACUACUUCCUCCGCCGCGCCGAGAACAAGUUCUUCGCCGACAUCGAGCUGCUCCGCAAGACCGCCGCCGAGGUCCUGCAGUCGCGCAAGGAGAACCCGUCCGACAGGCGGGACCUGCUGAGCGCCAUGUUGAACGGCGUCGAUCCGAAGACGGGGAAGAAGAUGACGGACGAGAGUAUCAUCGAUAACUUGAUCACGUUCCUUAUCGCCGGCCAUGAGACGACUUCCGGGCUGUUGUCGUUUGCGUUUCACAAUCUGCUGAAGAAGCCGGCUGCGUAUAGGAAGGCUCAGCAGGAGGUUGAUGAGGUUGUCGGAACAGGCCCCAUCACCAUCGACCAUAUGUCUAAGCUGCCCUAUCUGACCGCUGUUCUCCGAGAGACUCUGCGACUCUCAGCAACAAUCCCCGCCUUCGGCGUCGAGGCUAAGGAAGACACCCUCUUGGCAGGCAAGUACGCUGUGAAAAAGGGCGAACCCCUCGGCGUCCUCCUCGGCCGCUCACAUCUCGACCCCAUCGUCUACGGCGACACGGCCAACGAGUUCGACCCACAACGCAUGCUCGACGAGAACUUUGAGCGUCUGCAGAAGGAGUUCCCCAACUCGUGGAAACCCUUCGGCAACGGCAUGAGGGCCUGCAUCGGCCGCCCGUUCGCGUGGCAGGAAGCCCUGCUCGCGACGGCCAUGCUCCUGCAGAACUUCAACUUCACGAUGGACGACCCCGACUACCAGCUCAAGAUCCACGAGACGCUGACCAUCAAGCCGAGCGGCUUCUACAUGCGCGCCACCCUCAGGCACGGCAUGUCGCCCACGGAGCUGGAGCACAGGCUCUCCGGCAGGGCGCAGCCGCACGAAAAGUCUUCGUCGUCGAGGACGGCCGCGCAGACGAACGGCCACCACACCGACACCAACGGCCACAAAUCAUCCCAAGGCGGCAAGCCCCUGAGCAUCUACUACGGCUCCAACAGCGGCACCUGCGAAGCCCUCGCCCAACGCCUCGCCACCGACGCCGCCUCCCACGGCUUCGCGCCCACCGUCGUCGACCCCCUCGACGCCGCCCGCGAGAACCUCCCCAAGGACCACCCCGUCGUCAUCGUCACCGCCUCCUACGAGGGCCAACCCCCCGACAACGCCGCCCACUUCGUCGCCUGGCUCGAGUCCCUCAAGGCGGGCGACGAGCUGCAGGGCGUCUCCUACGCCGUCUUCGGCUGCGGCCACCACGACUGGGUCCAGACCUUCCACCGCAUCCCCAAUCUCGUCGACGACGCCCUUGAGAAGCACGGCGCUCAACGCCUCGUCGAAAUUGGCCUCACCGACGCCGCCGAGCGCGACAUGUUCAGCGACUUCGAGGUCUGGGAGGACGACGUCCUCUGGCCCGCGCUGGUGGAAAAGUACGGCGGCAAUGCCGGCGCUCCGGACCAGCUGAACGGCGACGCCUCCUCCGGGCUGACCGUGCAGGUUACAAACCCGCGCACCUCCGCCCUCCGCCAGGACGUCCGAGAGGCCGUCGUCGCAGACGAGAGGAUCCUGACGUCGUCUUCGUCGGACGAAGGUUCGCAGAAGAAGCACAUGGACGUCCAACUCCCCCCCGGCGUGAGCUACCGCGCGGGCGACUACCUCGCCGUGCUGCCCCUGAACCCGAGACCCAGCGUCGAGAGGGUCUUCCGGCGGUUCCGGCUCGCAUGGGACGCGUGCCUGACCAUCUCGGGCGACAAGAGGACUUCCUUGCCCGUGGACCGGCCCCUUUCGGCGGUCGACGUGCUCAGCGCCUACGUCGAACUCGCGCAGCCCGCGACCAAGAGGAACGUCUUGGCCCUGGCGGAGGCCGCGGGUGAUGGUGGCGCCGCGGCGCGGGAGUUGGAGAGGCUUGCCGGCGACGAGCAUUACCACGAGCAAGUCACGUUGAAGAGGGUCACCGUGCUGGAUCUGCUGGAGAGGUUUCCCGAGAUCGAGCUGCCUUUCGGGGCGUUCUUGGGGAUGUUGCCGCCCAUGCGCGUGAGGCAGUACUCCAUCUCAUCAUCCCCGCUCCGGAACCCGUCCCAAGCGACGCUAACCUACUCCCUCCUCGACGCGCCCUCCCACUCCGGCUCCGGCCGCCACAUCGGCGUCGCGACGAGCUACCUCGCGGGCCUGAAGAAGGGCGACAAACUCCACGUCGCCGUACGUCCCUCCCACGCCGCCUUCCACCUCCCCGCCGAGCCCGAAAAGACCCCCGUCAUCCUCGUCGCCGCCGGCUCCGGCGUCGCGCCCUUCAGGGGCUUCGUCCAGGAACGCGCGGCCAUGGUCGCCGCGGGGCGGACCCUCGCCCCGGCGCUCCUCUUCUUCGGGUGCCGGAGGCCCGGGGGGGACGACCUGUACCGGGAGGAGUUCGACCGGUGGGAGGGGAUGGGCGCCGUGAGCGUGCGGAGGGCCUACUCGCGCGCUCUGGGGGAGAGCGAGGGGUGUAAGUACGUCCAGGACCGGAUGUAUCGUGAUCGGGAGGACGUGGUGAGGUUGUGGGCGCACGGGGCCAGGGUCUAUGUGUGCGGUACGAGGAGUGUUGGGAAGGCGGUCGAGGAGGCUUGUGUGAAGGUCCUGGUGGAGGGUGGCGAGGUGGAGGAGGUGAAGGGGUUGGAUGCCGAGGGGGCGAGGAGGUGGUUUGAGGGGAUGAGGAAUGUGAGGUAUGCUGUUGAUGUGUUUGAUUAG